AUGAAACCCUUCGUUUGUAUUUUGGUGAUAUUGGCGGCUUUAGUAGCCAGCGGUCAGGCUCACAAUGUGCGAAAACGUUCACUUGAUGCCUUAUUAGGCGGUGGUGGUGGUGGCGGCGGCGGAGGUGCCGGUGGUAUUGGUGCUUUAUUAGCAUCAAAAUUAGGUGGACUCGGCGGCGGCGGCGGUGGUGGAGGAGGUGGCGGUCUCGGCGGCCUCGGCGGCUUGGGCAGUCUAUUCUCUGGUAAACUUGGCGGUCUUGGUGGCGGUUUCGGUGGUGCUUCAGCUGGUGGUGGCAGUUAUGGUGGUGGCAGCUAUGGCGGUGGCCACUCUGGUGGUUAUGGCGGUGGUCACUCAGGUGGUUAUAGCGGUGGCCACUCUGGUGGUUAUGGCGGUGGUCACUCUGGUGGUUACGGCGGUGGUUAUGGCGGUGGCCACUCAGGUGGUUAUUCCGGUGGAUAUUCUGGUGGUAAUGCCGGAGGUGUUGCUGAAAAAGUCAUCAUUGUUAAAGUUAUUUCCGAAGGCGGUCAUGGUGGUUAUUCCGGCGGUGGCGGUUAUGCAGGUGGUCAAUCUGGUGGUUACGCUGGUGGUCACUCUGGUGGUUAUGCUGGUGGUCACUCCGGUGGCUAUUCCGGCGGUCACUCCGGUGGCUAUUCCGGUGGUCACUCUGGCGGUGGCGGCUAUGGUAGCGGUGCCGGUGCUGGGGGUUAUUCUGGUGGUGCCAGCAGCGGAUGGAAUAAGGGUUGGUAA